AUGAAUGAAAAAGAGACGCGUACUAAUGACGAUGGUCAUAUUGAAAAUGGUUUAAAUUAUUAUCUAAAACAAAAAUGGAAAUUAUUUGUCACUUUAUUUGGUUUAUUUGGUUUUAUGACAAUGAGUAUUCAAGUAAAAACAAAUUUGGCUAAAUUAUCUUGGAUUAUUGCAGCAAAAAAUUUUGGAUCAACAGCAUUAACUCCAUAUUUAAAAUCUUUAUGGGCACUUUGCAUUGCUUUGUUAUUUCAGGGAAUAUCAUAUGGUUUAAUAGACUUAGUUUCAAAUAUAUUAAUAACAAAUGUGUGGUCAAGCCGUUCUACAGAACCAUUAAAUUGUAUUUAUUUUGGAUAUCCUGUUGGUGCUUUACUUUCUAUUAUUAUUGUUCGAUCGUUCCGUCAAAAUGAUCCUUUUAUUGAUAGAAAUUAUAUUAAAUAUUCAAAUUCUACAAUAAUUAUAAAAGAAAAUUAUUUUCAAUUAGAAUUAGUUGGAACGUAUAUAAUAACAUUAAUAUUUUGUUUAAUAUCAUCAAUUGGAUUUGCUUUGGUGGCUCAUAAACAAAAUCAAUAUAAAAAGAAAGAAAAAUUGGAAAAACUUAUUACUUCACAAUCAAGUAUAAAAGAAGAAAUAAAUAUUCAAUCGAAAUCUAAAAAAUUAAAAUUUUGGAAACUUUGUAGUCCAACAACAUGUGGACAAGGUUAUUUCGCUUAUGGAUCUAUUUUAAUAUCUCUUAUAUUAUUAUUUAAUUUUUUCUGUGCUGGAAUUGAAAAAGGUUUUACAGAAUUUUUUAUUUCAUUUGUUGAACAAGAACAAAUAAAUCCAAAUAAAAAAGAUUCGGCUUAUUCAAUGAUUUUUUAUUGGCUACCUAUGUUAAUUGGACGAAUAUUUUCAGCAUUUUUAACUAUUUUAUUUAUUUGGUAUUUUGGUUUAAAUCGUAUAUCUCUAUUUCUAUUAGUAACAGCAAAUGGUUUAUCAAUAUCACCAAUAUCUGCUACAUUGAUCGCUUUAUUUUUACAACGUUUUCAUUCAAAACGAGAAAACAAACAUCAAACAAACGAAGCAAUUCAUCAAGAAGAUAAUACAUUAGAAACAUUUCUUAGACAUGAUCAAUAUGAUUAA